AAUUACAGAAAAACUUGGAAAAAAAUUGACGAGGGUGAUUCGUUAACAUUAGAUUCCUGAAUAAUCUCUGAUUUUCAUAACAUAUUAUUUCAACUUAAUAUUGUUUAUACAUUGUGCAAUGUUGAAUACAUUGUCCAUCGACUGAUUUGCAACACUGAGGGUGAAUGAUGUUUAUAAAUAGACGAUCCUUUCCAAGUAGAGACCCAAUAUGUCACUACUCGAUUUUGGAUCAAUCAUUGAAACACAUGCUUCCUAGCGCUUCAGGCAGAAAAAUUAGUUGAGUAAGGAAAAGAUCUAGGAGACUGCGUAAACCAAAUGUAUUUUAUGACGAGGAUCGAUAAUUAUUGCAAUAAAAUUGCAACUCUUCAUUCGCAGCGGGUGUAAUCAAGAAAAUGUUUAUAGUGGCUUUCGAAUGUGCGCGCCGGUGAAAAAUCCACAAAAAGUGCUAUUAUUAAUACUUCAAAUCAGCAAAAUAUUAUAUUUACUAAAUCUAAUGUAAUACGAAGUAGUUACAUGAUCCAUAAAUGGAGGAAAACAUUAGCAACAUGAUGAGUGAUGGUUCAGCAGAUCCCAUCAUCACAGUUACACUGGAGUCCUCAGAUGGAGACGCGAAUGUUGUAAAUCUUGAUGCUGCUACUAGGAGUCUAUUAAUAAAGGGCGGACCCGGUACCAAUUUACAAAAAUACAUUACAUCGUCAAAGAAUUUCUGGAUAGAGCUGCCGCAAAUGAUAAUUGUAGAAACACGCUUUAUUACACAGCAGAUAGCUGCACAAAAUCGUAUAUAUUCUGCACAAACAUUACUACCCAUAACUGAUUAUAGGUUUGAGCUAGACGCACAAAAUACUCUCUGCCCAAACGCCACACAAACGAGAACUCCACCAGAACUAUUAGAGGUUGGCUCACUAGCAAAACCCGAUGUUGUUGAUGUCGGUGUAUGCACCGACAGUCCAAAUCCCUGUCGCGAUCGGGCACAACAAACAGCGAAAACUAUAAUACAAACUACGACAGUAGGCAUUCAAUGCAAUUUAGAUGAAUAUUUGGUAUGUGAGGAAACGACAACUUAUGAGAAUGAGUUGAAGGCAAAAAAAAGCGCUGAGAAACAGCAAUUUAUGAGAUUUACCCGAGAGAAUUCUAUAUUUUACUUGAAUGGUAGACGGGAGUGCAUGUUAUGUGGAGAAGUUGAGGACACAAUGGAAAGAAUGCUUUCGCAUUUAGCACUCCAUUGGGGUCCUGCGGCGCUGUGCCAUCUAUGUGGUUUACAAUUUGAACAUCGCAGAUUAUUGUCAUUGCAUCAAUGCAAAAUGGGUAACCACAAAAUUAAUAAAAAGAGGAAAAAAAUGUACAAACAAUGUCCCAUUUUCUGGUGUGGUGCCAUGAAUGCCUCAACGAAAGAAUUAAACGAGCACUUACGUAGGCACUUCCUUAUGCGACGGCGACGCGCUUGCGUGACUUUUACACUCGAUCAAACGAUAGUAAUUAAACGGCCUUUUUAUACAAAAAUAAACUGUUUAAAUCGAUGUAAUGUUUGUUUGCGUCGAUAUAAAAGUUCUCAAAAAUUUACUAAGCAUAGAAAGCGUUGCCUGAGGAGCUUCAUAGCGCAACUGAAGGAGCAAAAACCUGUUGAACCCCUACUAAUAUUUAGUAGAAAAUAAAAUCGUCAAAUAUAAUUGAUACAUGCAUUCUCAAAAUCAGUGAAAUGACACAAAAAAAUCGCGAUAAAAUGUAAAAAAACUCCUAUUAUCUAUACAAACUGUUAACAGCUGAACGACCAUAAGUGUACUACAAUUUAAACAUACGAUAAUCUCUUCGUAACACUAUACAUAUGAUAAAUGCUCAAUUUACGAAUUUUAGUUCAUAGGAUUUAUAUAUUUUUGGAAAUGUUUAAAAAAAAAAUAAACAAUGUAAUAUUAAUGAA